CGGACGGCGGGACGGGGACAAGAUGGCGGCGCCCGCUGGGGCCAUGGAGCCCCCCGAGGAGGGAGCGGGGCCCGUGCUGGGCAGGCUGGAGGAGGAGGCGCUGAGGCGGCGGGAGAGGCUGAAGGCCCUGAGGCAGAGGACGCUCCAGAACAAGGACGGUGGGGAACGGGAGAACAAAAUUCCCAGGCAGGAGGAGGAGGAGGAGGAGGAGGAGCCCGUCAAGCACAGGGAGAUCAAGCUGCGGAAUUACGAGCCCGAGGAUGAGGAGCUGAAGAAGAGGAAGCUGCCCCCGGGAAAACCGGCCUCAGUGGAGGACACGGUGAAGGAGCAGCUGGAAGCGGCCAAGCCCGAGCCCAUCAUCGAUGAGGUGGAUCUGGCCAACCUGGCUCCCAGGAAACCAGACUGGGAUCUGAAGCGGGACGUGUCCAAGAAGCUGGAGAAGCUGGAGAGGAGGACUCAGAGAGCCAUCGCCGAGCUCAUCCGGGAGAGGCUGAAGGGCCAGGAGGAGGAGUUGGCAUCUGCGGUGGGAUCAGCAAAGCAGGAGGGAAGCGACUCCGACUGAGGGAUCCGUCGGCAGCCUCGGACCGGGAUGCGGCUCCCGCCCCGUCCCCCCAGUGUGACCCCUGGGACACACUCAGCCCUUUCCCAGAAAUUCCCAAAUCCUGGAGGAGA